UAACUGUAUAAUUUAAUCUAUAUUACAAUCAAGUAAAGAUUAGGUUUAUCUUAUCUAAAUAAGUUAUUUAUUUACAUUUAAUGUAGUCAGUUACUUCGGUAAAUGUGGUAUGAGUGCGGUUUUUUGUGCUGUUUUCUAUAAUGAUCGUCGAAAGUACUUCUCCCGGACAAUACCUUACGAUCAGGCCCAGAUCGAGGAAUCCUAUGCGAAUUCCAAGAAGUCCUAGGCUUCCCAGGAGGAACUCGGAUUUCAUUUUGACGUAUAAUAGUUUCGACGUUGAAAAUGGAGCUAGUCCCGGUAGAAGUCCAUUGGAUGGCGCGGCAUCCCCAUCCGCUGGACUGGUAUUGCAAAAUCUUCCUCAGAGGAGGGAGAGCUUCUUGUACAGAUCUGAUAGCGAUUUUGAGAUGUCCCCGAAGUCUAUGUCCAGGAACUCUUCCAUAGCCAGCGAAAGAUUCAAGGAGACUGAAAACAUUUUGGAAAGAUCCCAUGGAGAAGAUCUCAUCGUUACUCCAUUUGCACAAAUUCUUGCCAGUUUGCGCAGCGUGCGCAACAACUUUCAAUGUCUCACCAAUGUGCCCACUAAUAAAUCUCGGAGGUCAUCGGGAGCAGCGACUGCAGGUGCUUCUCAAAGCAGGAACUUGACUCCCGGUGAUGAGGCAUACAUGAAGAUGGCCUUGGAAACUAUGGAGGAGCUGGAUUGGUGCCUCGAUCAGCUAGAAACUAUCCAAACUCACCGAUCUGUUUCCGACAUGGCAUCGUUGAAGUUUAAGCGUAUGCUUAACAAGGAGUUGUCUCAUUUCUCUGAAUCAAGCAAAUCUGGAAACCAAAUAUCGGAAUACAUCUGUUCUACUUUUCUUGAUAAACAGCAGGAGUUGGACAUACCAACCCUGCGCACAGAUGAAGCGGCCGAACCGCCAAAGGGGACCCAGCGCAAGGAGCGCCCCAGAGGUCCCCACACUACUAUGUCACAGAUAUCCGGCGUCAAUCGCAAGCCGCUGUGUCAUACCAACUCAUUCACUGGCGAAAAAUUACCGUUGCACGGUGUAGAAACUCCUUACGAAGAUGAAUUAGGAAAAUGUUUAAUGGUUAUAGACCACUGGGGUAUUGAUAUUUUCCGCAUAGGUGAACUAAGUAAUGGAAGACCCUUGACCUGCGUAGCUUAUACUACCUUUAGCAAUAGAGACCUUCUCAAAGCAAUGGGCAUCCCAUCUAAAACGUUCAUCACUUUCAUGAUGACUCUAGAAGACCACUACGUUAAAGAUAAUCCCUUUCAUAAUUCACUCCAUGCGGCCGAUGUUACUCAAAGCACGCAUGUCUUAUUGAAUACUCCGGCUCUGGAGUCUGUAUUCACUCCUUUGGAGGUAACUGCAGCAUUAUUUGCUGCCUGCAUCCACGACGUAGACCACCCUGGACUUACUAAUCAAUUUUUAAUAAAUUCUAGUUCCGAAUUAGCAUUAAUGUACAAUGAUGAGAGUGUAUUGGAAAAUCAUCAUUUAGCAGUCGCUUUUAAACUACUUUCGAAUGAAGGGUGUGAUAUCUUCUGCAAUAUGACCAAGAAGCAGAGGCAGACUCUGCGCAAGAUGGUCAUCGAUAUGGUUCUUAGUACUGACAUGUCUAAACACAUGAGUCUGCUGGCAGAUUUAAAAACCAUGGUGGAGACCAAGAAGGUGGCAGGUUCGGGUGUGCUGUUGCUGGACAACUACACAGACCGCAUCCAAGUCUUAGAGAACCUGGUGCAUUGCGCCGACUUAAGCAACCCCACCAAACCGCUGGCCCUGUACAGGCGCUGGGUGGAUCUGCUCAUGGAGGAAUUCUUCCAGCAGGGAGACAAGGAGCGUGAAGCUAAGAUGGAUAUUAGUCCUAUGUGUGACCGACACUCUGCGACUAUAGAAAAAUCCCAAGUAGGUUUCAUUGAUUACAUAGUACAUCCUCUGUGGGAAACCUGGGCCGAUCUAGUACACCCAGACGCGCAAGACAUCCUCGACACCUUGGAGGAGAACCGCGAUUGGUACCAGAGCGCCAUCCCUCCCAGCCCGCCAGCAGAAGAAGUACCUGACCCGCAGCGCCCAGGCAUUCGCUUCCAAGUCACCCUCGAGGAAGGCGAGGCCGAGUCCGAGGCCGAGGCUCCGAUGUGACGGAGGCUGGUGGGCCUCUGCAGGAAGCUGACCGAGAAGGUGCAGCAAUGGUGGCGCGUGCGGCAGUAGACGCUGGCGUCCUGUCUUUGUGUGCCACACCGCGCUGGCGCGGCGUUUGUUAUGUUUGCAUCGCUUGACUGAAUCUUCGGGCUGAGACGCAGCCUGUCCCCGCAGUUCCUGGGAGUGUAUCUUUAAAUUAUUAUAUUCUGUUUGGCCUUUCCACGACCCUUUUGUCAUGCCUUACUUAGGAAGACACCGCCCCUACUGACUAUACAUCUGUACAUAAUUCAUAAUAAUCUGUCGGUGUAAUACUCAGCCCUGUGUAUGUAUAGGUACUAUGUGUCAUGUCAGCUAUGUUACACACAAGUAAAGCUCUCUCCAUUUUAAA